AGUACUACACACAAAAGAAUAUGGAAUGCCCUUCACAUGUUUUAAAAUGUGAGAAUCAUCCAGGGAGCUUUACAAAGAAGUAUUGUGGAUCAUAAUUCGUGUGAAUCCAGUAAUUGUAGCAUCUUGUCUGAAGAUCUUUGUAUGGAGAUUUCUUCCAGUCUGAAUACAUCUCAAUAUGAGGCUGUUGUAACUUCACUGCAAGCAACACAAUGCGAGCACACGUCUCAGGUUCAACUUGUCUGGGGCCCGCCAGGGACAGGCAAAACAAAAACCCUCGGUACACUACUAUAUUUCCUGAGGAGGUUAAAUGUUAGGACUUUAAUAUGUGCUCCAACAAAUGUUGCCAUCACAGAAGUAGCCAGUCGCCUCUUAGAACUUAUUAUGAAUUCUUCUGAAACGGAUUCAGUAGGAACAUUCGACUCUUUGGGAGACAUUCUUCUGUUUGGAAACAAAGAUCGGUUAAGGGUAGGUUCAAACAUAGAAGAUAUAUAUCUUGACUAUCGCGUCAAAAGGCUAACAGAGUGUUUUGCGCCUUUAACUGGAUGGAGGAGUUGCUUCCCAUCCUUGUCAAAUUUUCUUGAGGAUUGUGUUUCUCAGUAUAAUGUUUUCACUGAAAAUGAGAUGAUUAAAGCGAAGGAGCAAAGCAUUGAUGAAAGUGUUACUGCACCACAGAUUGAACCAUUUCUUACUUUUGUUAGAAAUCGGUUUAAGGCUGCUGCACAACCUGUCAGGCGUUGCAUUUUUCUUUUAUGCACUCAUAUCUCAACUAGUUGCAUUGGAGAUAAUAAUUUUAAGUUCAUGAACCAUCUCAUUAAUCUGCUUAAAUCCUUUGAAAAAUUGCUGUUUCAAAGUGAAUUGCGUUCCGAAGAACUAUUGGAACUUUUUUCUUCAAGGGAAGAUGAAGAUUCUCUGGUGGAUGGGGCUGGCCUUAACAACAUGCCGUUGCUUGAAGCACAUAGGAGAGAGUGCAUUUCCAUCCUUAGAACUCUGCAGCAAUCUCUUGGUGCUCUCUUUCCGAAUAUCAUGAGUAAAGAAUCCACAAUAGAACUCUGUUUCAAGAUGGCAUCAUUAAUUUUUUGCACUGCUUCCAGCUCUUAUAAGCUCUAUACUACACCAAUGGAGCCACUAAGUCUUUUGGUCAUAGAUGAAGCUGCGCAGUUGAAGGAAUGUGAGUCGGCGAUACCCUUGCAACUGCCUGGUCUAAGGCAUGCUGUUCUUUUUGGGGAUGAGUACCAAUUGCCUGCUUUGGUUAAAAGUGAGCUAUCUAAGAAUGCUGAUUUUGGACGAAGCUUAUUUCAGAGACUAAGUUUGCUGGGUUGGCCAAAACACCUGCUAAAUGUGCAAUACAGGAUGCACCCUGCAAUUAGUUCAUUUCCUAAUGCAGAAUUUUAUCUUAAGCAAAUUUUGGAUGCUUCUAGUGUCCGGAGUAAGUGCUAUGAGAGACAAUAUCUUCCAGCGCUCAUGUAUGGGCCUUAUUCUUUCAUAAAUGUUUCUGAGGGACGGGAGGAGGUUGAUGACGAUGGUCGUAGUCGAAGAAAUAUGGUUGAGGCUGUAGUUGUGGCUAAAAUGCUGCAUAAUCUUUACAAGAGUAUGUGUAAGGAUUAAAGUGUUCAACUAACUUGCAAUCAACCCACAAUAGCAAUGAACAAACAAGCAUAACAAUCAAGAACAACUUUGAAGGAAUUAAAGCAAGUAAAAGGAAGACAAUGUUACCGUGGGAAAACCCGAGAACCGGGAGAAAAAACCCACCCUUGCACUAUGGAGUAAUAUUGAUGAUGAAUGAACUCAAGAAUUACAAGCAUGAAUUGUAUAGAAUUCAAAUGCUCCUCACAAACCCUCUCAAAACCUCUCUAUGUGUUUAAAUGUUUGUGAAUAAUCAACAAAGAGGCUUAGAAAAGGUAUAUAUAGUCUAGGUAGAAAAUACAAUCCAACGACUAAGAUUAAAGCAAAUCGCACAAGCCGAAAACGAAGCGACGAAAUAGG